UUUUCAAGCAAUAGAGCUUCCAGUUGUGAGUAAGCGAUACAAUAUUUUUACUCCGUCGUGGGGUACGGAAGGAUGACGUUGUACAGAAGUGCCGUGGUUCUUUUGAUUUCAACUCUAGCAUGGGGACGGUGUGAAUCCGGAGGUGCGACGAAGGGGCACUGGCCCCCGCAUCCAGGCCCCAGUUCCGGCGACCUCCUGCUCCCGAUCACAAAUGACUACAUAAACAUUGAUAAGAUUGAACACUUAAGAAAUGCCAGCCGUGCAUUCCUGCCAGCUCCGUGCGCAAAUCUCGAAGCCUAUUCUGGAUUCAUCCCAGUCGACGAGGGCGAGAGGUCAACGAACUUGUUCUUCUUACACAUCGUGUCGAAGAGCGACUCGCGUCGCAAACCCCUACUUCUGUGGCUCCAAGGUGGUCCGGGAAAAUCUUCUCUUUACGGCCAGUUCCUUGAAACUGGUCCUCUUGGCAUCGACGAUGUCGGGGCGUUCUACUGCAGGAGGAGCACUCUGUUGAAUCACUUCAACAUUAUCUAUUUGGACCAACCUGCCGGUGCCGGGUACAGCUUCGAUAAGAAGGGCGACUACCCGGCCACUCUCGAGUUGGCUACCACGCACUGCAUGAGAUUUCUCAGACGGUUUCUGAGAUUGUUCGAGGAGUAUCGUGAAAGAGAUUUCUUCAUCGCCGGAGAAUCCUACGGAGCAAGGUCAGUUGUUGGACUGGCGCAAAGGGUGCUGACGCGAAAACCGGAUGAGUUUCCACUACGCCUGAAGGGGGUGAUGCUCGGCGUCGGCUUUGUCUUCCCGCUUUUAGAAAUGAUCAACUCAGCCGACUACCUGUAUUGUUCCAGCCUGCUAGACGAACAAGGCCGCGACAAGUUUUCCCAGAGAUUUGAAGCUAUACAGUAUCUCGUCAAGGCACACAAUUAUACAGCAGCGGCAGGAUUGCUGAGCCAUACGGUUCUCAACAUGCAUCCUGGCGGUCAUAAAAGCUUGUUCGAGGCACUCACAGGCUUUGAGAGCCACGGAAGCAUUAUAAGACCUGUAGCCUCGAUACAGCAUUACAAAUACAUAAAAUAUGCAGACAGUCCAGGGUUCAAACGCAUAAUUCACGUUGAUACUUCCAGAACCCUCGAUGCCACUAGGACCCAACUUGCAAUGAGGCUAGCUGUGGGAGACUUCUUCGUCGACCUGACGCCAGCACUGGUGGACGUACUGAACAAUGUUCGUGUCCUUUUUUACACAGCGCAACUGGACGCUGUGUUCCCGGCCAGUAAAAUGGAACGUUUAUUUGCGAACUUAAAUUGGAGAGGCGCCGGAAUGUUUAGGAAAGCUGCUCGGCAGCCUUGGUACAAAAGUGGCACACGCAAUAAGCUACUUCUGGGUUACGAGAAAGUAGCAGGUACACUCAUGUACAAUACCGUGCUCUUCGGCGGCCACAUGAUAUCGUUCGAUCAACCGGCAGCUGUGGUUGACCUGUACGCCCGAUUUCUAAAGUUUGCUUCCAUGCCGGCUCCGAACGUGCCAGACCACAAAUGUGAUGGACAGAAGGGCCGUUGCUGACCAGGCACCAUUUGGCCAUGAGGAAUCACACAACUGCUGUUUUUGUGAUGCGUUUUAUUUUGUUUGGAUGUUCACACAUACAAUAAAGAGAAGGUAUUGCACCCUGCAAAUUGCAGACAGAUACCUACCGGUAUCUGGCUGCUAUAAAGAGUGGAGUGACGCAAUAAACCAUGUCAGUUGAGAGUA